GUGAUUCUCUGUGGCCACAGACAGAAGCCUCACUGACACUUGCUGGGUUCGACGAACUCAGAGCAACAUAUACGCACACUCUCAUCCACACAGCGGGCUGUGAGCUGGGAUGGUAGCGGAGGAGAUAGUGGUCUCCCUUACAGGAGGAGCCCCCUGGGGCUUCAGGCUGCAGGGAGGAGCAGAGCAGCAAAAACCUCUACAGGUGGCUAAGGUACGCAGACGUAGCAAAGCCUGCAGAGCUGGACUGAAGGAGCACGAUGAGCUGGUUGCCAUUGGCGACCAAAUGUGUGCAGAGCUCAGCCAUGCUCAGGCCAUGAGUCUUGUAGAUUCACAGAGUGCUACACUCAGCCUGAGGGUUAAAAGGUCUGGAUUUCACUCCUCAUCUGGUCGCUCUGCAUCGCCUCGCUCCCCCAUGAGGGUUUUGUCUCCCCCUGCUGCCCCGUUAGCCUCCCACCAGCCUCCCCUGCUCUCCCCUCCUGGCAUACCAAAGGGCAUAACUUCACCACCAGACAGCGAGGCCUACUACGGGGAAACAGACAGCGACGCAGACACACAGGCACUCCCUCACCGACGCCCGCGCCGCACACCUCCUCAUGCGCGCUCACCUGCUCGCUAUGACAACCAAGAGGAGGAGGAGGCCUCAGAGAUGAGCGGGUACGAGAGCGCCACAGAUGCAGGUGUUUCCAUGCAGGGGCAGUGGGAUGGUCAGUGUCUUCCCGGCGUCCCUCGCAGAGAGCUGAUCUAUCAGCCUCUCCAGACAGAGUGGGCCACACCAGCACACACUCCACACACUCUGACCCCUCACACACCAGACCAGGGGCUGGUGGAAGCAGAGGGAGAGGUUGACAGUGGCUUCCAGGAGGCGGGCGGCUGCGUUGGUCUCACCUGCUCGCCACUGGUGUCUCCUGAACGGGCGAAAGAGGCGAUGAUGUUGGGCUCCAGCAAACAACUGGUGCCCAUGGUAGGACCACAGCAGACACCUGUCAGUGACGAACUCUCCACCACCUACAAGGAGAAAGCACGACAAGCCAAGUUGCAGCGUGGGGAGAGUUUUGUGGAGAAACAGGUGAAAGAAGCUCGUACUAAAUGCCGCUCUAUUGCGUCCCUGCUGACUGACGCUCCCAACCCCAAUUCAAAAGGGGUGCUUAUGUUCAAGAAACGCCGGCAGAGGGCCAAGAGGUACACACUGACCUGCUUUGGUAAAGCUGAGGGAGACACAGGAGGGGACACAGAAGGGGAGACAGGAGGAGAGACUGAGGAAGAAGGAGGGAGUUCCAUCCUAAGUGGCUCAGAAGUUGACGAGGAGGGAUUCUCAACGUCCUUUGACCCGACGUGGGACUCUGGUUAUCUGGAUCUGCUGGACAGGAAAAGCUCAGCCUGUCCCUCAACUACACCAACCACUCCAACAACACCAAAAACCAAUUUCAGCCCAGGGCUGGACAUCUCUGCCUAUCAGACUCCAGGACUUGUGAGCCUGGACGAUCAAAGCCCAGGUUUGGAGGGUUCAGGGCUUGAAAACUCAGUUCAUCAGAGUUCAAGGUUGGGGAGCAGCUUUGCAAAGCAGUCAGUCAGCAACCACCCUGCACACAUGUCUCCUUCAGCUGUGGCCCUGACCAACGGUGGGUCUUUAGCUGUUAGUCGGGCUAGUGUCAUUCUGAGCCCCCCCUCUCAGACAUCCCUACCAAGUCAAAAUGGGCAACAUGAAAAUCCUAAUUUUGAUCCAAGCUCAAUCACUGACUCCGACCAUCUCCUGAAUGCUAACUUCAGUCCUAAUCUAGGUGUUCUUAACCGCACUGCCCGCCCCUUCACCCCUGGCCCUACUCCUUCUCGAGCAUCUGUAACCUCUGUGAUGUUUCGCCCUCCCCAACCCAAACCCACAAACAGUCCUGUGGCAGCCAUCUCCAUGGUGACUCUAUCACCUACUCACCAUUCAUCAGGGCCUGAUGGGAGGAGAGCCGUGUCUAGCACCUCUCUGUACAUCCCUCCAAGAAAUAACAACAGUAACGCUCAUCCCUCUGUUAACGCCACCUCCUCAGCUCUCUCGCCUCCUUCCUCACUUUUCUCCCCCCCCUUAGUAAAUCCACACACUUUUUCUCCUCAGCCUGCAGUACACGCUUCCCCCUACAACUCUUUGUCUCCAUCUGUAGCUCAAAGCACCCCAGUGGGUCCAUCACUUGCUCAACCCUUCUCCCUUCCAUCUCCCCAGGUUUUUCCCUCUCCUCCUGCUCCUACAUACCCACCUCUCUCCACAUGCAUUUCUCCUCCAGCCAUCUCCCCAUUAUAUCACCCUGAUCCUUCUCAGGUUUCUUCAAAUACCCAGGCCACCCAUCAUUCUCCUCCCAUUCAGUCCUUUCCACCUGCAUCUGCCCAACCUUAUAUGAACAUGACAGGUGCAGCGACUCCCGCAUCCCAUGCUACCAUGGCAACUGCAUCUCCUCCAGAGGCUCCCGCCACUGAUUCACUUGAAACACGCGAGCAGCGCAUCUCCGUUCCUGCUACUCGCACUGGAAUCCUGCACAAUGCCCGCCGCUGUAGCAACAAGAAGCCGAUGUUUUGUGCAGUCCAGAACAAAGAUGUUUCUCCAAACCCUGAUUUGUUGUCGAUGGUCCAGAAUAUGGAUGACCACUUUGUGAAAGCCCCGUGUGCUGAAUCUGGAGUUGCACCCAGUGGGGAGACUGGGCACGAGUCAGGUCCUGAGGAGGACUGGCUGAGACUGGGGGCAGAGGCUUGCAACUUCAUGCAGGCUCAACGAGGACCCAGACCGCCCCCCGUGGCCCCAAAACCGCAAGCCCCUCAGGUGCCACAAUUAGCAGGGAAGGGAGGUCAGCUGUUUGCCCGCAGACAAAACAGAAUGGAUCGGUAUGUGGUAGAGCGAUCUCCCUCUGUUGCUGCAAAACCUUACUCUCCCACCCAAACGAGGGAGCCCUCACCCACGCCCUCUCUCCCUGCCACCUGGAAGUAUUCAUCCAACAUCCGUGCUCCACCUCCCAUCAACUACAACCCCCUCCUCUCCCCCUCCUGCCCACCAAAGGCCCAGAAGAAGCCCGAGGUGAAAAAGAGUGGGCCAGCUAGAUCUAAAGGGCAGAAAGCCGGCAUCAAGCCAGUCGACAUCAUGAGUCAUCAGCCCUACCAGCUCAAUUCCUCCCUGUUCAACUAUGGGGGUGGGGUUCCACAGGUCACCUCCACUUAUCAGCAACAGCAGAGAGGAGUGACAAGUGCUCCUCAGAAAACAGCAAGAGUGUACGAAGUCAAGCGUUUCUCCACGCCUCCUCCGACAGCAACAGGGCCCGCCCUCAAAGUGAUUGUCCCUCGAUCUGCUACGACACUCGGUGAACCGAUGUGGCGCUCUGAUGUGACAUCUCCUCCACCCAUAUUUGGACCUGCCUCUGCCUCCUAUCAGCCUCAACCCCAAUCUUACCAACCUCAGUGGACCACCACCCCUCUGUCUCCCACACUGCCUCCAGCUCCUACCAUCCCGCUCCCUCAGCUCCCCACAUUCUCCUCUUCUGUUAAAAACCCAGUCCAGUCCCAUAAUUUCUCUCCCCCUCAGCCCUCCAGCACUGUGCAGGCCAACAGGGAAUUUAAGAGUGCCCCAGAUCUAAGCCCACUGGCUCCAACUGGUGCCUCUCAGCUGGCACUCGCCAGCGCUCAGCUGACCAGGGUACCAAGGCCCAGGUUCAGCACUUCCAACCUCGGUCUUCAGCCUUGCGUCUGGCGCCCCGGAUCCACUAUGCACUGACCUGAUUCUGAUCUAGACAUAAGAAACCAGGGCUCUAUGGGAACAGGGAGCCAUUUUAAGAAACAUUAAAAAUAAAUGUGUUUUUAGUAUUGCAAAGUUUUAAUCAGAGCUGCAGCUAUGGGUUUUAUCAGCCACCUUGUAUCGCUAAGUCUCUUUGGAUCGGACACACAUGUAGCACAUUUUGUCACUAACAAUUAUACUGCUAUGCCUUUAUCUCAUACAUUUAGUCACAUUUAAAGGGAACACUAUUUUGCAAAGGAAAUGUGGUGUGUAAACUAAGGAAUGGUUAAAGAUCCAAAGCAGACUGAUGGGACGGGAAGAGAUGAAAAAUGAAGUUUUGUAAACGGAUUUAAGGAAUGAAGUUUAAACCUGAAUAAAGAA